AUGCAGCGCACUUCACCCCACUUUGUCUGCCCCGCGCUCUUCCAAGACGCCCUUCGAUAUACUUUCGCAUACCGCAAAGUCAGCCCAACACCUUUCCGUCUUCACCUUCUCGCACCCCGCCGCCGCUUCUGCACGCAAAAUUCGCUUUUGGGCUUCGACGAUAUGGGCAAGGAAGACAAGAGCAAGUCGUUCAACUUGAAGGUGCCAAAGGGCACACGCGACUGGACCGGCGAAGAUGCCGCACUUCGCGACCACCUGUUCCAGACCGUGACGGAAGUCUUCAAGCGCCACGGAGCCACGACACUCGACACGCCCGUCUUCGAACUCAAGGAGAUUCUCAGCGGCAAAUAUGGCGAAGACUCCAAGUUGAUAUACGAUCUACAGGAUCAAGGCGGCGAGCUCUGCUCACUGCGCUACGAUCUUACAGUUCCGCUUGCACGAUGGCUCGCCAUGAACCCUAGCGUGCAAAACUUCAAGAGAUACCAAAUCGCCAAGGUGUACCGUCGCGACCAACCGGCUAUGACCAAGGGACGUAUGCGCGAGUUCUACCAGUGCGAUUUCGACAUUGCAGGCUCCUACGACGCCAUGAUUCCUGAUGCCGAAGUCCUCAAGAUCGCAACCGAUGUAUUCGAAGCGCUCAAAUGGGAUUCAUACACAAUCAAGAUAAAUCACAGGAAGAUCUUGGACGGCAUGUUCAAGGCAGCUGGUGUCAAGGAGGAACUGAUACGGCCAAUCAGCUCUGCGGUGGACAAGUUAGACAAGCUACCGUGGUCAGAGGUGAAACAAGAGAUGGAGACCAAGGGACUGCCAGCGGAUAUUGCGGACAAGAUUGGCGAGUGGGUGCAGCGCAAAGGCGGCGACGAUAUCAUCGAGUAUCUCAAGACGAACGAGACUCUCUCUAAAUCGGAGGAUGUCAGCCAGGGUGUUCGGGAGAUGGAACAGCUCUUCGCAUACCUCGACGCUUUUGGUGCCCGCAAGAGGAUCUCCUUCGAUCUCUCGCUCGCUCGAGGCCUAGAUUACUACACGGGUUUGAUCUACGAGGUUGUUACAGAAGGCUCCGCGCCGCGCGUGAAUGGCAAGCAGCAAGAGAUUGGUGUAGGAAGUGUUGCUGCAGGUGGUCGUUACGAUGGGCUGGUGGGCAUGUUCAGUGGCAAGCCCAUUCCCUGCGUCGGCAUCUCUUUCGGUAUUGAUCGAAUCAUCAGCAUCAUGAAAGCCCGCGGCCAGUCGACACAGCGUGCCAAGGACGUUGAUGCGUUCGUCAUGGCCUUUGGUGGUAAAGGCUUUACCGGCCUGUUGACAGAGCGCAUGCAAGUCGCUCAGGAGCUGUGGGCUGCAGGCAUCAAGGCCGAAUUCUCUUACAAACUGAAGCCCAAACUCCCACAGCAAUUCAAGCAAGCCGAGGUAGCAGGUGUUCCGCUCGCCGUCAUUCUUGGUGAAGAUGAGCUCAAGGAUGGCAAGGUCAAGAUCAAGGUUCUCGGAAUCAAAGACGAGAACGACCCCGAGAAGGACGGUGUACUGGUCGAGAGGAGUAACAUGAUCGCCGAGAUUCAGAAGAGGCUGCCCAGCGCAGCUUGA